UGAGCUGAGGCUCAAUGGUCAAACUGUGAUCUUUAAAAUCAGAGAAAAAAGGAGAGUAAAGAAGGGGGGGAAAAUAGAAAUCUUGUUUAAAAAAAAAAAAUGGAGGGCCAAGAGCAAGGAGAAGUGGAGGUGAUCCACUCAUGGUCAGCUCCCAGAUCACUCAGCACCAGCCUCAUGUACUCUUUUGCUCAGAGAGAUGAUAUGGAGGUGCUUGAUGAACCCCUGUACGGUAGUUACUUGAAAGUCACCGGCGCUGAAAGACCCUACAGAGACGAACUUCUGAGCAAAAUGGAUUCUGAUGGGAAUAAGGUUGUCAAAGAUGUGAUUUUUGGCGCUGGGAUGAAGAAAUAUCGCUAUUGCAAGCAUAUGGCGAAACAACGCCUACCAAACUUAUCAAAUGAGCUGAUGAAGAAAGGGAAGCACUUUAUAUUGAUACGCAACCCUCUUAAUAUUUUGACAUCAUUCAACAAAGUUGUAUCACCAUCCUUUCUCGAGCUUGGCUUGGGCGACCUUGUAUCCGUAUAUAGUGAACUGUGUGAACUUGGGAAUCUACCACCGAUCAUAGAUUCAGAGGAUCUAUUACGUGACCCUGAGGCUACCCUACAAGGUCUUUGUGAGGAUUUGGGUAUUCCUUUCCAGAUGGCAAUGCUCAAGUGGGAAUCUGGCCCUAAACCAGUUGAUGGAAUUUGGGCUCCCUGGUGGUACAAAAAUGUGCAUAAGUCGACGGGGUUCAAAGUACCACAAUCAUAUUGUUCACCAUUUCCAUUAGCUUUAUAUGACUUGCUAGAGCAAAGUCUUCCUUUCUACAACAUGCUUAGACAUCACAGAAAGAGAACAACUUCUUCUUUGGGACCUUCAGUACCUCCUCCGGCCCUUCCUGUCCCUGCAAAUGAGAAGUUGCUUGUUUGGGUCGGUGAUGAGCUCUUACCUCGUGAAAGUGCAAAGGUUUCAGUGUUAGAUUCGGUUGUACAAGGUGGUGAUGCAGCCUGGGAGGGACUCCGAAUCUAUAAGGGGAAGAUUUUCAAGCUUAAUGAACAUUUAGAUAGGUUGUUUGACUCGGCUAAAGCUUUAGCAUUCAACAAUGUCCCAACUCGUGAAGAGAUUCAAGAGGCCAUCUUCAAAACCCUCAUUGCAAAUGGGAUGUUUGACAAUGCUCAUAUCAGACUAACUCUUACACGUGGGAAAAAGGUUACCUCAGGAAUGAGCCCAGCAUUCAACCUUUACGGAUGCACCUUAAUCGUUCUUGCUGAAUGGAAACCACCAGUCUAUGACAAUUCACAGGGGAUCACUCUAGUCACAGCAACCACGCGACGUAAUUCACCCAAUAGUAUAGAUUCAAAGAUUCAUCAUAACAAUCUUAUCAACAACAUAUUGGCGAAGAUAGAAGGGAACUUUGCCAAGGCAGAUGAUGCCAUCAUGCUAGACAAAGAUGGUUUUGUUUCAGAAACAAAUGCUACAAACAUUUUCUUGGUCAAGAAAGGGCAAAUAUCUACACCUCAUGCUGAUUACUGUCUUCCAGGAAUAACUCGGGCAACUGUCAUGGAUCUUGUGAUACAUGAGAACUUGGUUCUAAAUGAGCGGCGUAUCAGUCUUUCUGAAUUUCAUUCUGCAGAUGAGGUGUGGACAACGGGAACUAUGGGAGAACUUUCUCCAGUUACCAUGAUUGAUGGUCGAGUUAUUGGAAAUGGAGAAGUUGGUCCAAUCACUAGAAGAAUCCAAAAUGCUUAUAAAGUCCUCACUGAUAGUUCAGGGAUACCGAUACCCAAGCCUGUAGAGGUCUAACAUCAUCCGUUUCAUAAGGGCUGGCAGAAGAGAGAUGAACACCAAUGCGAGAUAUCGAUUGUGUACGAUUCAUUCCCCUAUUUCUAAAAACUUCAUUUAAGAGCUCCAGAUUCAGGAAGAGUUUCUUCUGAGAUGUUAUGAGCAGGGUUUGGUAAAUCUUGGUCCUAUAUCAAUUUUGAUGCACAAUUUCAAUGCAAGUGCUGUUUGGCUAGCUUUAGCUAAUGAAUAAAAGAAACAUGUUACAUUUCAAAAUGAGCUUUGCAUGCAAGGAAUGGAAAAUAUCAGUCUCAUUUCUAUUUGCAUUCUUUUCCUUGUGAAGUUAUUAUGGAAAUAUUAUUGUCGUU